CGUGUACAACUAUAACAUCGGUCACCGUUCUCUGGUUCACUGUUCACCGCAGCGCGCACGCACAACAUAUUUGAUACGUCGGUGAUGUCUACUUCACAGUAGUGGUUACUCGUAAUAACCGUAACUGUAAUAUCGUGUUGACUAUUGUUGUUGUUUACAUGGUGAAACGUUGAUGUUCGAGUGCAUGAUUUCUCGUCAACGUGCACGUAUCGGUGGACUUUUAUCGUUUAGUUAGUUUUAAUUUUUUCCCCUCCCCUGAAUCUUCUACCGUCCGCUAUCACAAGUAAAAAAACGGUUUCUUCACUGCACCCUUUGUUUGCGCCCGUUCAAAACACGCUCAAUCCGAUCCGCUGUCGCAUCCAACAAACGGUACACGUAAUUUUUCAGUCUACACAUUCCACGUCGAUAAUAUGUCCAAACCUCCGUGUGCGGUAUUUUUGUUGGCCAUCGGGUCGAUGUGCUUAUUGGCCGCCGCCGCCAACGGCGUAGACUCCGGAAACAGUGGUCAUCAUUCAUUGGAACUGGACGAGAACAACUGGACAAACGUGCUGACCGAUGAAUGGAUGGUGUUGUUCUAUGCUCCUUGGUGCCCUGCUUGUAAGUCACUUGAACCUGAAUGGAGAGAAUUUGCAAAAUGGAGUGAAAGUCAUUCAUCAAUUUCAGUUGCAAGUACAGAUAUUACAAUAUCGCCAGGACUUACUGGACGUUUUAUUGUUACAACUUUACCUACCAUUUUUCAUGUUAAGAAUGGUGUAUUCAGAUACUAUAAAAUGGGCCGUGAUAAAGAUUCAAUGAUAUCAUUUAUAAAAGAACGAAAAUGGGAACAAUUAGAAUCAAUUUCAUCAUGGAAAUCCCCUAAUUCAAUUCAAAUGUCUCUAGUUGCUCAAUUCUUUAAACUCUCGCAAAAAGUUAGGAUUUUGCAUUCAACUCUGAUGGCUGAGUAUGGACUUCCAACUUGGGGAUCAUACUUGAUAUUUGCUAUAGCAACCAUAUUUAUUGGUGCCAUACUUGGUUUAGUAUUGGUCUGUAUUAUUGAUUUAGUUUAUCCUCCAAACCACCAUAAAAUACCAGUUAAAGAUGGAAAAGACGAAAAUAGUGAUAGUGGUCAAGAAUCGGACGAUGAUGAUGAACUUGUUAAAGAUGAAUUAUUAGAUGAUCAAGCUAGCGAUGAACCAACUGAAAAUGAACCUUUAUUGAGGAAUAGACGAAAAAUACGUAAAACUGACUGAUAACUUUUUUUUUUAAUCGGCAUAACUAUUUCUUCAACAUAAUUCCAAUUAAUAUAAUUUAUACCGAUUAAUGUAUUAUAGUUCUUUCUAAUACAAAUCAUUAUAUUGAUAUUAUUAUU